AUGGCUCUCCGAUCAACGCUCAUCUUCCUCUUCUUCAUCAUCCUCGCCAUCAUCUCCGUCCAAACCUCGGCGGUGCCCGCUAAUAUGCGCACAGUGGGUGACUUCGUUGAGCGAGAGGAGGAGAUGGCCAUGGAGUCAGAGUCGGCGAGAAGAGGAUUGGGGGAGGAAGGGGUGCACAUAAGCUACUAUGCGCUGAGAAGGAACAGCGUACCGUGUCCUCAGGGUGGAGUUUCAUAUUAUAACUGUAAUAGCAUGGCGCAGGUGAAUCCUUAUCGCAGGGAGUGCAAUGCUAUUACGAGGUGUGCUAGGGUUCUUACCUGA